CUGGCAGCUGCUGUGAUGGCAGCUUGGCAGGGCAAAGGCGGUGUGAAGCGUGAAGACGAAGAUAUUGAUAAUAAGGUAGUCUCUCAGUAAUCAGAGGCUAUUGUUUAUACACCGGUGAGGGCAAAGUGGACAGUGUGUGUGGGUGGGUCACAACCGGGGUGCCUGCUGAUGACGCUGCCGGCCGCCACCGAUCAUUCUUCGGUUAACGAGGAGCUCCCUGGCUGGACCCAGACCGACACCUCCGGCCGCGGCUGCUCUCGGCCUGAGGUUAUGAGGAGGCGGCGGCGGUAGUGGUGGUGGUGCGGGGUGGUCACUGCUAGCCCGCUGGUCCUUCCUUCCCGGGACACUGCUCGGGAUACCUUUUAUUGGUUAAGCCUGUUAGGAGUGGGCUGGCUUCAGGUGGUGACUGCUGAGGCAACGCUGGGCUGGGAUGCCAGCCUGCCUGUGUUCUCCCCAUCCAGUGUGUGCUCAGUGGUGACGGAGACAGCCUGGGCGUGGGGCGUGCCGAGUGUGGCGGCCGGCACCACACUAUAGCUAGGCGGCACUGCUGAUGCUGGGAUCGCUGAACACUGCCUUCAGCACCAUGGCGGCUUGGCAGACACCACGCUUCACCACCCACACACCCAUCCCGCAAGGGCCUCAUGUGGUGGGGUGUGUGGACAUCAUGAUGGGGCGCUGCAAGGACGGCACUCUGAUGCGCCUCUACUACCCCUGCAAAGUGUCCAACCUGCAGUCUCAGGCACACAACUGGACUCCGUGGUUCCUGGGAGAUGAGUACACAAGGGGCCUGGCGUCCUUCAUUGCUCCCUCCAUCCCUUCUCUCUUCAGCAUGCUCUUCAACUGGAAAAUGAGGAACGUGGCGACCCCAGCAGUGUGGGAGGCCGCCUUGAUGAAGACUCAGAAAUGGCCAGUGGUGGUGUUCUCUCAUGGUCUGAGUGCCAACCGGUCCAUCUACAGCACCGUCUGCUCUGAGUUGGCCUCCCAUGGCUUUGUGGUGGCGGUGGAGCAUAGGGACAGCUCAGCAUGUGCAAGUUUUGUUCUCAAUGAAGAUGGGAAGCGGGAUUACAUUCUCUACAAGACUUUGCCUCCUGAUGUGAAGGAAUAUGAACUCAGAAGCCAGCAGAUCAAGGUGCGUGUGGAGGAGAGCAUCCGAGCCCUGGACGCCUUAGAGAAGCUGAACCAGGGGCAGGCCAAGAAUGAGCUGCCGUCCACCUUCGACCUGCAGCAGCUGUGUGACGCCCUGGACCUCUCCCACCCUGUCAUGAGCGGCCACUCCUUUGGUGGUGUCACGGCCAUUACCACACUUGCCAUGGACAAGAGAUUCAAAAUUGGCGUCUCCCUUGACCCGUGGAUGUUCCCAAUCAAGGACCGAGUGACAGAGGUGUGUGGCAACGUGUCUCAGCCUCUCAUCUGCAUCUCCACUGAAGCAUUCCAGUCUGAUGCCAACCUGCAGGCCAUGAGCUCCCUCCCCGCAGACACCACCACCUUCGUCACCAUAAAAGGGACAGUGCACCAGAACCAGUGUGACACCCCAUUCCUGGUUGGCAACAUUGGUAGGGCCUUCGUUGGUGUGUACUCCCCGCUGGACGCUCACACUGCCAUGGACAUCAACAACAGACUCAUGCUUAACUUCAUCGCAAAGCAUCUCGGUGAGAAUGGUGCCUCACUAAACACCUAUGUACCUUACCUUGAGGCGCAGCGACAGAACAUGGUCUCUGGUCUCUAUGGGAAAGGCAAAGCUAUGCUGGGAUGGGAUGCUGACUUCCAUGGUGUAUGAAUCCUGUCUUCCCUAUUUCCAUGGACCCUCAUCUUCCCAACCGUGCUUCUCCUCCUCGGCCUGCUUGCACCCGUCUCCUCUCCUCUUCUCUCCUUCCUUUCCUUUCCUUUCCUUUCCUUUCCUUUCCUCUCCUCUCCUCUCCUCUCCUCUCCUCUCCUCUCCUCUCCUCUCUCUCCUCCUUUCCUUUCCUUUCCUUUCCUUUCCUUUCCUUUCCUUUCCUUUCCUCUUCUGUGUCUAUCUCUCCCUCCUCUCCUCUCUGUAUUUUAUCUUUCAUUUACUUAAUUCUCUUUUAUUGAUCCUUAAAGAGUUUCUAGGCAUUGAUGGUGGUGGGCAGCAUGAAAACUUGACUUCAUCUUCAUACUUCACUCUUCACACACAUAAACACACACACACACACACACACACACACACACACACACACACACACACACACACACACACACACACACACACACACACACACACACACACACACACACAGUUCUCCAUCAGACACACUCCCAAUUGAGCUCCUUGGAUCCACAGAAGGACAGUCACAGCUUUACGUUGAGUGCAAGACCUUCCUGAGUGACUGGAAGGAGCUGAUCCCUAAAGGUUUAUAUGGUGCGUGGCCUGACGGCUUCCCCUCUAAGCUGUAGCCAGCCCUCACCUGUGUAGUGAGAGAGUGACAAGCAGUGAGGAAGCUUCUGUGCACCGUGUGUUUGGUGUUUGUUUCCACACAGGUGGUGGUCGUGAGGGUGUCUCAGAAUGGCAUGUGAUGCAUUAGUAGCUUUGUGAUUCAUUUUUAUUGUUAUCAUUGGUGCUUAGUACCCAAGGGCAUUACACUCUUGUUUUCUGACCAGAUCAUUCAACUUGUAUUGUAUUUAUUUGAUAUGUCCUCAGUAACGUUCUUCUGUAGCCCUGUGUGUGGCCCAAGGGUGGCCGGCUGCUGGAAGACUGAUUAUGUCCACUUUGAGGUCAUGGCAUUAGACACUACCAAAGUUUACCUUGGCUGCUUCACCUGACAAGAUCCAAGAGUCACAAAGACUGUGUGUGCUCUCAUACACACAGCCUGCACUGCACUCUCUUGGCCCAGGGUGAGGGAAGUGAUGAGAGACACUCUACCUCAGAACUGUUACCUUUGGUCUUUCUUUCUGGGCAUUACUAAAGUAACUGACUGGACAUUUCCAGCGCCAAGCACUUCAUUCUUACAGCCGAGGUGUGAAGUGUUGCUGUGGAGGCAGAGGUGCAAUCAGUUAUUUUGUUUGUUUGUUUGUGCUUGUGUUUGUGUGUUAGGGGCCACGGCUGCACUCUCUGUGGCCAGGUAGGGACUGAGGGAGGGAGGGGAGUGUGGCUUCCUUCCUGUGUGUUUGCUUCCUUGAUGAGACGUGACAGCUUGUCUUGGCUGCUCCUGUUGGCAGUGUCAGCCCAAGACACCUUUAUAUAGUGAGAGAGAAGCAGCUGGACAGAUAUUUGAUACAUUUGUUUACCAGAUAUAUUGAUGGAUAAUUUGAGGCAGCCACAGUGAAUAUAGACAUGUAUGUUAUAUUUUUAGAUAAUACUUUGUUGAUCUGUUUUAGAGUGAAUUUAUUGUUUUAUUUUCUUCUUGUAUGUAUUUUAUAGAGCAAACUAUACAGCACUCUUUUAA